ACACUUCAUUUAUGUUUAGAUGAAAGAUGAAGUUACCGAAAAUUUCAUCAAAUAUCAGAAAAUAGCGCGAGACGCCCGUGAUACAAAAGCUAAAUAUGAUGAGGCAGUGAGUAAAGGUAAAAGUGAUAAAGAUUUGAUGAAGUUAAAAGACAAAUACAGGAAGAAUACAGUAAGGCUACAUAAAGUACACAAUGAUUAUGUUGUAUCAAUUCAUACAGCACAAACACAUCAAGAACAUUACAAAGAAGUUGUAUUACCAAGGUUACUUGAUGCACACCAACAAGCUGAAGAAAGUUAUGUAUCUCAAGUUAAACAACUGCUAACUCACUAUGCUGGCCUGACAAAUACUAGUAAUCUAGAUUAUCAGAAUAUGAAUGAAAACUUGCUGCAGGGCAUUAGAAAUAUUCAACCGACAGAGGAAUAUGUUGCGUUUAUUGAUGCCAACAAGGGUGCAGAGGAAUGGGUAAAUAUUGAGUUUGAUCAUCGAGUAAAUGAUGAUUACACAGAUGCAUACCUGAAAACCAGUGAUAUUGCCAUGGAUAAUCUGACAUAUGAAGACAUCACACACAAGUGUACUGAAGUUUCUGAACUGCUCGAGAAGUGUAAAGAAGAUAUUAAGAAAAAAGAAGACGCAUUAGCGGUUCUGGAUGUUGAGAUUAAAUCUAUAAGUCCCACAGAAGCACAAGAUUCAAUGAUACAAGAGCUUUUAUCAAAGCAGAGGGAAUACCGAGAAUGUUUUAAGAGUAUUGGGCUGUUGCAGUGUGAUGAAGCUAAGCUAUCAGUGCAGUUAGAAUUAUUCCAUCAAAAAAUAACAGAACUUGGGGAUGCUACUCCUCAUUCUGGCAUUGAUUUUAACACUUCUGAAGUUGACUUGACUAAAAAUAAGAAUGACAGUAUGGACAAAGGCAAAAAACUAAAGAAACCCAAGACUCUAUUUAAGAAAAACAAAAGCAAUGUGAGUGAAGUACAUAUCCCAGAGGAAGAAGGAGAAGAAUAUUCUGAGAUUGCUAUGCAGAAAUCCUUGACUGAUGAGGACUGGUAUCAUGGGUGUAUUCCAAGACCAGAAGCUGUCACACUAUUGGAAAAAGACGGACAAUUCUUAGUACGACAGAAAGGAGAUGAUUCGGGACAGAUUGUUUUAUCUGUAAAAUGGGAAGGAAAACAUAAACAUUUCCCAAUACAAAAAAACGCUGAGGGACAGUUCAGACUUGAAGGUGAUAACUACGGAACUGUGAGCGAAUUGAUAGAAUAUCAAAUGAAAACCCAUAAACCUGUUACUAAAUUAUCUGGUGCUAUUCUCCUAAGCUUUAUUCAGAGACACUGGGACUUGACACACGAUGAUAUUGAAAUAGCAGAGUUCCUUGGAAAGGGUAAUUUUGGUGAUGUUAUGAAAGGGUAUCUGAAGAAAGACAGAACACCGGUCGCUGUCAAGACGUGUAAGGAAAAUGUAGAUCCAAUAAUCAGACAAAAAUUUCUAAUGGAAGCCAGGAUAUUGAAGCAGUAUGAUCAUAAAAAUAUUGUGAAACUGGUUGGUGUAUGUACAGAAAGACAACCUGUCUAUAUUGUCAUGGAAUUCAUAGCAGGGGGUGAUUUCUUGAAUUUUCUGAGGAAUCAAGGUGGUUCAAUGUCAAUCCCACAAUUGGUAAGAAUGAGUGAAAAUGCGGCAGCUGGUAUGGCUUACCUUUCUAGUAAAAAAUGUAUUCACAGGGACUUAGCAGCAAGGAACUGUCUUGUUGGUGACAAUAAUAUUGUGAAAAUCAGUGACUUUGGUAUGUCAAGGCAGGAAGAAGAUGGCUUAUAUAUGGUGUCUGGAGGAAUGAAGCAAAUUCCAAUCAAAUGGACGGCACCAGAAGCUAUGAAUUAUGGUGAAUAUACAAUAGAGUGCGAUGUGUGGAGCUAUGGUAUCCUUUUGUGGGAAAUAUUCUCACGUGGCAAUAUUCCAUACCCAGGAAUGAAUAAUGCAACUGCCAGAGAAAAAAUAGAAAAUGGUUACAGAAUGUCAGCUCCAGAUGGUACUCCAAAUGAAAUACAUGAAUUAAUGUUAGAAUGCUGGAAAUACCACCCGCAAGACAGAAUAACUUUUGAACAAAUUCAUCGUACUUUAGUUCGACUUUGUAAAGUUAUAAAAUAA